AGCUGGUCACAACAAGAGGGAUGAAGAUACAAAUCCUGUCAUCUCUCAAAGUCCCAGUGAAACGUUUUUCCUGCUCCAUCUGUCCCCACGCCAUGUUCGCCCGCCAGGCCGGCCUGCUAGCCCACAGGGCAGCUAAACACACCCAGAGAGUCCUGUCCCCCCAGGAGCGUCUGUGCUGCGGUGUGUGUGGGAAGCAGUCUCACAGGCUCCUGGAAGCCUUCAUCCACCGGGCGACUCAUCGCGCCCGAGGGUCCUUCUCCUGCAGACGCUGCUCUGCUCGCUUCUGGAACGCCCCCCUCCUCCGCAGGCACAAGGUGACCUGCCGACAUAGGGCCAAGGGACUUCCACGAGGUGGCGCUAUCCGCCUGAAGUUGUCCAAGAGGGCGGGGGAGAGGAAGAGCAGAGAGGAGCAGGGGGAGAUGUCGCACUCCCUGCUUACAGAGUACAGAUACUGAGCUUGCUGAAUUCUAAGGUAGUCGUGUUUAUAUUUUCAUUGAUAGGAAAGGGAGAGGUUAUCAGUUAUGGACUAUACAUAGAAGAAGAUGGACUUUAAAAAACAAAAGCCUUUGGGGGGGGGGGGGGGGGGGGGGGUUUAAAUUGGUCUGGUGUCUGUCUGGACCUCAUCAACUCAACCCACUGACUGUUAGAACGAGUGUUUUAACAACAUGAACUACUGUAGAUCAACCAAGGAUCACCCGGAAUUCUUCCAUCCAAACUGUAUGGGAGGAUGUUGAAAGACAUGACUGUUUUCAUAUGAUCAUUAACCCUUAAGUGCAUUGACACUAUGCUUGGCUGACACUGUGCAGUUAUUAGACAUGUUUAGGUGAUUUGACCUGCUAAUUUAACUCUACCCCCUCAGCCUUACUAGCAUCCCUUCUAUACCCCUAGCUGUAUGAUAACUCUGUCUCUGCUGUGUACUAUGUCUUGUUGAUGUUCACCUAGAGCCCCUUUGGGGAUUUUUUUAAUGUAAAAAGUGCAUUUAGUAGGAGUAGGGAGAGGGUGGGACACAGACUUCUGGUUGGUAGAGAGGCAGUCUGUUUGUCGGUGCAUGUGUGUUUUUUGGUCAGUUUGUUGCGGAGGUUGUGAACUCACUAUGUGAUGAUUAAUUCAGUACAUCCAAAAAGGACGUGUUUUAAGCGUAAGUUAACAAAGUCCUGAAAAAUGUCCCCAGUGAUUUAAUCACGUCUUUAAAAAUACAUUUGAGAAUCUUAAUAGAUUGAAGUGAAUACCACUUCCAGACAAAAAAGUGUAUCUUACAAAAAGCCUUGCUAAUCAUGACUUUAUUUCAUUUUCAUGCCUGUGGAAACAAUUGUAGCUUUUAUACCAAGAUAUUGAGAUCAAGACAGGAUGAACAAAGCUCACUGUAAUGUAUAUUGUGUUAAUAUCUUAUCACUGCUGUGUUUCUGUUUUCACAAAGUACUUUAUUUAGCUUUUACUGUUCCUUCAUAGUAGCAAAAGCAGUUAUGAUUACAUGCAUUAAUGUGUGUUUAACUCCAUCUGUCUACCUGCCAAACCUGGAUUCUAUCCUGUCCUCUUCUCUUAUUUUUUGCUGAGUUGCAAUCAUGAUCAUAACCCUGUCAGGCCUUGUUUUAUCUUCUAAAGAAAAAGAAUAGUUCUAAGUACAUUUCUAUCACUUUAUUUACUUAAAACAAAGAUAGUUGUUGAUUAUACUUCAGCAUUGAAUAAAACAUAAGUGUUCUCUGCUGUU